CUGAAGGAAGCCGUAUCUGGAGGUGGUGGAACCAAACUGCGGCGCCCACGAAGCCACCCGGACUCUGUUUGGAACGGAAGCGUAGUGGCCGCCGCUUCCUGGUUGCGGGUCGGCGCCGAGGGCCGGGCUUAGCCGCAGCGAUGUUGCCCUACACGGUGAAUUUUAAGGUGUCGGCGCGCACCCUCACCGGGGCCCUCAGUGCCCACAACAAGGCGGCGGUGGACUGGGGCUGGCAAGGUUUAAUUGCAUAUGGAUGUCAUUCGCUGGUGGUAGUGAUUGAUUCCAGUACUGCUCAAACGCUUCAAGUUUUAGAAAAACAUAAAGCUGAUGUUGUCAAGGUUAAAUGGGCCAGGGAAAAUUAUCACCAUAAUAUUGGCUCGCCAUAUUCCUUGCGCUUAGCUUCUGCUGAUGUCAAUGGAAAGAUCAUCGUUUGGGAUGUAGCAGCAGGAGUAGCUCAGUGUGAGAUCCAAGAGCAUGCCAAGCCUAUUCAGGAUGUUCAGUGGUUAUGGAAUCAAGAUGCUUCCCGAGAUUUAUUGCUUGCUAUCCAUCCACCAAAUUAUAUUGUGCUCUGGAAUGCAGAUACUGGCACCAAACUCUGGAAGAAGAGCUAUGCAGAUAACAUUCUUUCUUUUUCUUUUGAUCCUUUUGAUCCCUCACAUUUAACUUUACUCACCAGUGAGGGCAUUGUAUUCAUCUCAGACUUCUCUCCAUCCAAGCCACCCUCAGGCCCUGGGAAAAAAGUGUACAUAUCCAGCCCACACUCCAGCCCAGCUCACAGCAAGCUGGCUGCAGCCACAGGGGCCAAGAAGGCUCUUAAUAAAGUGAAAAUCUUAAUCACUCAAGAGAAACCUAGUGCUGAAUUCAUAACCCUCAAUGAUUGCCUUCAGUUGGCAUACCUGCCUUCCAAAAGGAAUCACAUGUUGCUACUCUAUCCUCGAGAGAUUUUAAUCCUUGACCUUGAGGUGAAUCAGACAGUGGGUGUGAUUGCAAUAGAACGAACAGGAGUUCCAUUUCUGCAGGUAAUACCCUGCUUUCAGCGUGAUGGUUUAUUUUGCCUACAUGAAAAUGGUUGUAUAACCUUACGUGUUCGAAGAUCUUACAAUAGUAUUUUCACCACUUCAAAUGAAGAACCAGAUCCAGAUCCUGUCCAGGAGCUUACCUAUGAUUUACGAAGCCAGUGUGAUGCAAUCAGGGUGACAAAAACUGUCCGUCCCUUCAGUAUGGUGUGUUGUCCUGUCAAUGAGAAUGCAGCUGCCCUCAUAGUGAGUGAUGGCAGGGUUAUGAUAUGGGAACUGAAGUCUGCCAUUUGUAAUCGAAAUUCACGGAACAGUAGUUCUGGCGUGUCACCUUUAUAUUCACCCGUGUCUUUCUGUGGAAUUCCUGUAGGAGUGCUACAGAAUAAACUCCCAGACCUCUCCUUAGAUAACAUGAUUGGGCAAAGUGCAAUUGCUGGGGAAGAACAUCCCAAAGGCUCCAUUCUGCAGGAAGUGCAACUCAAAUUCCUGCUAACAGGUCUGCUUUCAGGACUGCCCUCACCACAGUUUGCUAUCCGUAUGUGCCCACCAUUGACCACAAAAAAUAUCAAGAUGUAUCAGCCAUUGCUUGCUGUUGGUACAAGUAACGGUUCUGUCCUGGUGUACCAUCUCACCAGUGGGCUGCUGCACAAGGAGUUAAGCAUCCACUCGUGUGAAGUCAAGGGUAUUGAAUGGACGAGUUUAACUGGUUUUCUUUCUUUUUCUACCUCAACACCAAACAACAUGGGAUUAGUGAGGAACGAACUUCAGCUGGUUGAUCUUCCAACAGGUAGGAGCAUUGCUUUUCGUGGUGAACGAGGUAAUGAUGAAUCGCCCAUCGAAAUGAUUAAAGUAUCUCAUUUGAAACAGUAUUUGGCAGUUGUAUUCAAAGAUAAACCUCUGGAGUUAUGGGAUGUUAGGACCUGUACCAUUCUUAGAGAAAUGUCCAAAAACUUCCCUGCAAUAACUGCUUUGGAGUGGUCACCUUCUCACAACUUGAAGAGCUUAAGAAAGAAACAGCUGGCUACCCGAGAGGCCAUGGCCCGCCAGACCGUGGUCUCAGAUACAGAGCUGAGUGUUGUUGAGUCAUCUGUGAUCAGCUUGUUGCAGGAGGCUGAGAGUAAAUCUGAACUCAGUCAGAACAUCUCUGCCCGGGAGCAUUUUGUGUUUACCGAUAAUGAUGGCCAAGUUUAUCAUCUCACUGUUGAAGGAAACUCAGUGAAAGAUAGCGCUCGGAUUCCACCAGACGGAAGUAUGGGUAGUAUUACUUGCAUCGCUUGGAAAGGUGAUACAUUAGUUCUUGGAGAUGUGGAUGGAAAUUUAAAUUUUUGGGAUUUGAAAGGCAGAGUAUCCAGAGGAAUACCUACACACCGAAGUUGGGUGAGGAAGAUUCGUUUUGCCCCUGGUAAAGGAAACCAAAAAUUAAUAGCAAUGUACAAUGAUGGAGCUGAAGUAUGGGAUACUAAAGAGGUUCAGAUGGUGAGCAGUUUAAGAAGUGGAAGAAAUGUAACCUUUCGGAUACUGGACGUGGACUGGUGUACAUCAGAUAAAGUGAUCCUGGCUUCAGAUGAUGGGUGUAUCAGGGUCCUGGAGAUGUCCAUGAAGUCCACCUGUUUUAGGAUGGAUGAACAGGAGUUAACUGAACCCGUGUGGUGCCCAUAUCUCCUUGUUCCAAGGGCCGCCCUCGCCUUGAAAGCUUUCUUAUUACAUCAGCCUUGGAAUGGACAGUAUUCUUUAGACAUUUCUUAUGUUGAUUAUCCAGAAAAUGAAGAAAUAAAGAAUCUCCUUCAAGAGCAGUUGAACUCAUUGUCUAAUGACAUAAAGAAACUCUUGCUCGAUCCGGAAUUUACCCUCUUGCAGAGAUGCCUGCUUGUUUCAAGGCUGUACGGCGAUGAAUCGGAGCUGCACUUCUGGACUGUCGCUGCCCACUACCUGCACAGCUUGUCCCAGGAGAAGGCAGCAAGCACACCAGCUGCUAAAGAAACUGCUCCUUGGGACAAAGUGAACAACCCACUAGAUAUAUGUUAUGAUGUGCUCUGUGAAAAUGCCUAUUUUCAGAAAUUUCAGCUGGAAAGGGUUAAUCUCCAGGAGGUGAAACGGUCAACUUAUGAUCAUACCAGGAAAUGUACAGACCAGCUACUUCUCUUGGGUCAAACAGACAGAGCUGUGCAGUUGCUAUUGGAAACAAGCGCAGAUAACCAGCAUUAUUACUGUGAUUCACUGAAAGCCUGCUUGGUCACAACUGUCACCUCGUCAGGCCCCUCCCAGAGCACCAUUAAGCUCGUGGCAACUAAUAUGAUUGCCAAUGGGAAAUUGGCAGAGGGUGUUCAGUUGCUCUGCCUGAUAGACAAAGCUGCAGAUGCCUGCCGCUACCUGCAGACCUACGGCGAGUGGAACCGGGCUGUGUGGCUUGCCAAAGUCCGUUUAAAUUCAGAAGAGUGUGCGGAUGUUUUAAAGCGGUGGGUUGACCACCUUUGCUCCCCUCAAGUGAAUCAGAAGUCAAAGGCCCUCCUGGUCCUCCUCUCCCUGGGCUGCUUUUCCAGCGUGGCUGAGACACUUCACAGCAUGAGGUACUUCGACAGAGCGGCCUUGUUUGUGGAAGCUUGUCUCAAGUACGGUGCGAUUGAAGUCAGCGAGGACACAGAGAAACUCAUCUCUGCUAUAUAUGCGGAUUAUGCCCGAAGUUUGAAGAACCUCGGUUUUAAACAGGGAGCGUUUUUUUUUGCUUCAAAAGCUGGAGCAGCUGGCAAAGAUUUAUUGAAUGAGCUGGAGUUCCCCAAGCAAGAACUGACUGAAGAGUGACAGGUCAGCAUGUACCAGGGCACGCGGCCUCGCGAGCAGUCGGCCGGGGAGUUGGUCUGGCUGUGGAUGGUCACAGCCCAGGCUCAUGAUGAUGCCGUCCCUACCGGGGUCCUUGUGGGCUGUUUCACUACAUGUGUACAGCAGUAUGUGAACGUUUACACUGUCAGGAGCAGGUUCUAGGACCUGUAUUUAUCUCAGAGAAAGAUGGGAACGCUUCAGAUUUUGAAAGUAUAACAUUUUAUACUUUUGGAGACAGUUUUAAGAGUCCCUGGAAACACUUUUAAUUUUUCUUAAACUUAAGAUCCAAGCAACUGAAUUGCUUUUCUCAUUGACUCGAUUUAAAUCUAUAGUAAAAGGAGUUUGUGAGACCUAUUCUGAAAUCUGUGCUUUGCCUGUGUUUAUAUACAGUCAUUCCAGGUACAAACAGAGCAGAAACAUUUAAACAGUAAAGGUGACUUACCAUAGCAUUCCUUGUUUUCUUACCUUGAAAACAGAACUGUUGAUUUCCUGAUUUAGGCAGUUGCUAAAUUUUGUAAUUUCAGGUUCAUAGGCUCAUAGAGAAAUUGUAAGCUUUGUGUUUUGUUCCAGUAUGUGGAGUCUUGUAUAUUUUGGAUUUUAACUCCGGUGAUGUGUUACAGUAACCUCCUCUCUGAAGGCACUGUUCUUUAAUAUUCUUUGUUUUCUUCCGAUGACUGAACUAUAUGAGAUGUGACUGUUAUAAAUUAUUGCUAAAAAUUUAAAUGUGUAUAAUUUACAGAAAUGAUAAAUAAAAAGGGACUUCAUCCCA